CCACUACCUUCUUGGUUUCAUAAAAGUGCUUAGUUUCUUUUUUUCAAAAAGAAUAUAAAACUGAUAGAAUUGAUAAACAUUAUUGGUAUUAGUUUUUAAUCCGGUUGUUUUUUUUGAUCUUGGCAUAUAUUUACGCAUAAAUAAUUCUAAACACCUGGCUUAGGAAUCAAAACAAUCCUAAUCUCGGAUUCCAUAUCAUUCUUUACCAUAAUAUCCCCUUUUUUAAUUACUUUGAUUUCUUUAUUGCAGGUUUAAAAUUUAUAAAAUGGCAUGGAGUCAACUGGAAAUCAGCAAGCCGCAUUUAGCAUAUGCUAUCUUGGGAGGUUUUACUUCUCUUUUUAUGCUUUGCUCUUUGAUCAUAAAAGAAAAAUUUUACAUGGGUGAAGCUACGAUUGCAACUAUUUGCGGGUUGAUUUUUGGUCCGCAUGCUGCAAAAAUUUUUGUACCCACCAGCUGGGGAAACUCUGAUUAUAUAACUUUAGAACUUGCUCGUAUUUUAUUAAUUGUUCAAGUAUUUGCUGCAGGAGUUGAACUUCCGAGAGCUUACAUGCUGAGGCAUUGGCGUAGCAUGGUAAUCAUGUUGCUUCCUGUUAUGGUAUUUGGCUGGUUGGUCUGCUGUGGCUUUAUGUUUGCUUUAAUUCCACGUCUAAGUUUUCUUGAAGCUCUCACAAUAGCGGCAUGUAUUACCGCUACAGAUCCUGUUUUAGCAUCCUCGAUUGUUGGCAGAGGUAAAUUUGCUCGUCGCGUUCCUGGUCAUUUACGAAAUAUGCUUUUGGCCGAGUCUGGUUGUAAUGAUGGCAUGGCUAUUCCUUUUCUCUAUCUCGGUCUCUACCUAAUUAUCGAUAAACCAGCUAGACAUGCUGGACGCGAUUGGGUACUAUUAAUUAUUCUUUAUGAGUGCGUUUUUGGUUGCUUUCUUGGAGCCGUAAUUGGCGUAGUAGCUCGCAAAGCUAUUAAAUUCUCAGAACGUAGAGGUUUGAUGGAUCGUGAAAGUUUUCUUGUCUUUUAUUUUGUUUUGGCUGUGUUCUGCAGUGGUAUCGGAACAAUUAUAGGCGUUGACGAUCUCCUUGUUUCUUUCUGUGCUGGUGCUGCUUUUUCUUGGGAUAAAUGGUUUUCGAAAAAAACCGAGGAGUCUCAUGUUUCAAACGUCAUUGACUUGCUUCUUAAUCUUUCAUUCUUUGUUUAUAUUGGCGCUAUCAUGCCUUGGGAGCAAUUUCACAUGCCGGAAUUAGAUCUUAGUGUUUGGCGUCUCGUAGUUUUAGCCAUAUGCGUUUUAAUUGCUAGGAGAAUUCCAGCUGUCCUUGCCUUUAAAAAGUUGAUACCUGACAUAAUUAACUGGAGAGAAGCUUUGUUUGCUGGACACUUUGGUCCUAUCGGAGUUGGUGCUAUUUAUACUUGUCUAUUGGCUAGAGCCGAGCUUGAACAUGAUGAGACUAUACCUACUUCUGAGCUUCCAACUGAGAGUGAUCCUAACUACUAUAUUAUUACUGUAAUGUGGCCUGUUGUUUGCUUCCUAGUCCUAAGCUCAAUUAUCGUCCAUGGUAGUAGUAUUGCUUUCUUUAUGCUCGGAAAGCGCAUAAACACUAUUGCUCUUACCUUGACCAAAACAAGAGACUCGCACUUUGCUUUCAAUCUUCCAAGAGUUCAUCAAGGUCAAAGUUUACCUCUAAAGCGAGGAACCAGUGUACGCUCUGGCGCAGCCCCUUCUGUGGUUUCCUCUAUUAGGCGGCGACACCCUGUCAAUAUCCAAGAAGAUGAAGAGUCGGUUGAUGCAUCAUCCUCAAUUUCAGCUCCUCGCCCUGCACAUGUUCGGCCUCAACAUGUAGAAUCUCAUCCUGAAGACCGCGAUGAACAAAACGAAGAACCUGUCCCUGCUAUUAAAGAUUAUGAUGGAGAGCGCCGUAUUUCGAACGAAGAGGACAGAGAGGAAGAGGUAAAUCCAGGCAACGAAAGUUACAUGAUGGGAGAUGAUCUUGUCCAGGAGGACUCUCAAGGAAAUAUUAUAUCACGUUCACGAUCAGGUGCUGAUCAUGCUGAAAGAUCACCAGAUGAAGAAAAAGAGAGUGCACAGGAGGAGGAAGCUUCUAACGACAGUAAGCCGCAAUCUAAAUUUCGUCGAUUUUUUAAAAAUAUUCACGAAGCGUUUGAACGUAAUUAUCAUGCGCCAGAUAGCGACGAAAGGGAUCUCGGACAAGAGGAAGCUUCUAUUGAGAAUAAUGUUCCGCGAAGAGAAAUGAGUAGGUCUGAUGCUUAUUCACGCGAGAAUAGCGUUGAGAGACAACGUCGUGAAGAAGUGUUAGGAAAUAUGGGAGAUAGUGAAGAUGAAGUGGAGGAACGUCCUGGCAUAGAUCCAACAGGAAUUCUUGGUGAACGAACUCAUUCACCUAGUGAUAUUGAACCUGAUCAUCCUACUGAGAGACUUAGCCCGUAUCCCUUAUCCGCUCGUUCACCCAUUGAACAAUCUCCAGACAGAUCUGAAUUAACUAUUAACAAUGAAGAAAAUGACGACGAAGAAGUAGAUGAAGACGAUUCCCAGCAAAAUAAACCAAAUAUCCGAUUUUUGGAUUUACCUACUCCCCAUCCAAACGGUCGCAGAAAAUCAUAUUCAUCUUAUCGUCGUGGUUCAAUUGGAAGUGGAUAUCAAAGAGGUUAAUUUGAAGAAAAAAAAGAAAAAAAAAAAAAGACCCAUAAAGGGAACUUUGCUUUUAUUUUUCAACCUACCUUCUUAUUUAUUAACCCGAUAAACCUUCCCAUAGAUUCUUUUCGCUAGCAUGCACCUUUCUUGCUAUAUGAAGUUUAACAAGAAUCCGUAAGGGAUUGGAGGUUCAGACAUUUCAUCACUACAAAAUAUUAUUAGCUUAGUAUAAUUGGUAAUGGUGAAAUUCUGUUUUGUAUUUAUCGUUUUACAUAAUUAUAUUUAUAUUAACUGUUGAAAAUGGCGAGUAUUCACCAAAAUCGUAGCAAUGUGAUCGUUUCAGAAAUUAUCAUU